AUGCUGGAUACAGAGGGGCAGUGGUCUGAGGCGUUAGCCAGCAACAACAUAAGAGCCAUCAUCCGCUGGCUACGGAAGCUUACAGCUGAAGGUUUCAGCAGAUGCCAGGGUCUGUGGAUGUUUCUGGACCGGAGCUCUUUCACCAGAGUGCACAUGCUGCUCCAGAGACUGAGGAACCUGCUCACCCUGGCCCAAUGGGCAAGAAAACAGCUCAGUUCAGCUCAUCUCUGGCACGGUGUGGGGGUCCCAUGUGUGGUGUGCAGGGAUGCUUUCGGCUCCUCCAACGUCAGACGUGGUUGCUGGACCAGAGAGCACAGGGUUCUAAAGCAACACAUAUGGCUGGGACGGCUGGUUCAGUGGUGGGGCAUCAUGGGACUUCUGCCCAAGUACCCUGAGGCUCACGAGGUGAAGCGCAUCUCUCAGAUGUGGAAGGAAAUGGAUCACAGUCAUCGGAAAGCUCGUCUUGAGACACCUGGAUGGGAGGAGGGAGAAAGAUUUAGGUCUUUAAUACAGGGUAUGGUGUCUCAGCUGGACAGGCAACAUGGAUGCAUUUGGACUUCUGAAGACUGCACAGAUCAGUGCUAUCCUCCUCCCAAUCUGCAGGCCCUGCUGAAGCUCGUGCUGGUGCCUCAUAUCGACAAUAUGUCGGUCCAAGCAAUUUUCAUGUACUUUGUCCUGGAUAUGGCGAACUUCCUGCAGUGCAAAGAUGACCUCCUCCAAUCUUUCUGCCAUGCCUUCACUAUUCCUUCCAGUUUUUCCCAACAAAUCAGGGCCUUCUGGAUGUUCGAUCUUGGACACAUCAAGGCCUCCAUGGAGCUAUUACUGAGCCCCAGGGCUGCUGUUCCCUGGCUCACUUGGCAGCAUAGUUGCAUCAUCCACUGUCUGCUAAUGAAGAAACAGCCUCAGUUGGCAUUUAGGUACCUCCACUGGACCAGACCCGCAAUAGAGAGCGAGGAGGUUUCUAAGCUCUGUGCAGAUGUACUAAUUCAAAACAGUUGUGUCUCUGAAGCCUGGGCUCUACUGAAGAGAGGUCACACAGAAAGCGACAACUUGGCCAUUUACUUCCUACAGGCUUGUAAUGGAUUUGGUCUGUGUGCAGAGCCUUUAAAGUACAUCACUGCAGGGCACAAUGGUCAAGGACAUAAUGCAAAUGCGAAUUUGAUUGAGGCUACAGAUUCACAGUUGCUACUGCUGAAGAAAGCGGGAAGUCCACCCUGCCCGCUGUCUGCCAAACUGUAUCAGGCUAAGAAUGUCAACAGAGUGUCUCCAGAGGAACUGGUCCAACUGGUUAGAAAUGCUGUGAUGGAAGUGAGAAAGCCACGUCCAAAGACAAGUGAGGUGGUAUGGCCAGAGCACACAGAGAGAAAAUCGAACAGCAGAGAGAUGUUUCUGUCAACCCAGGCUCUGCGUCAUCUCACGCCCAGCCCCUCCCCAAUGGACAUGGUAGAAGAAUCUGAGCAAACAGCACAUACAGAUGAACGAGAAGAGGAACAGCCUAUCCAUAAUCAACCUGAGCCAUCAGAGCAGAUUUCUUCUUCUGAGGACCUGAGCUCUGGGUCUGUCUCCUCCUUCACCUCGGCCUCUUCCUUGCCUUUGUUGAGACUGGACUGUGCUUAUGUGUAUAAAAGUACCUUGACUCUGCAGAGGAUGUCUUCUCUCCUCAAUGAAAGAGAGAAUCACAGCUGGGAAGAGGAAGAUGAAGAAGACCGCAGAACCCCUUCAUCAACUGAAGCUUUUCCAGAUUGCGCUGAGCUCACAGUGACACUAGAUGGCACCACAACCCCCAUUUUCCUCAGCAACUUGAACAAAGAUGCUUUGGUAGAGCUGGUGCUCUCUGCAGAGGAGGGAGAAGAAGGGGAGAAGACAGAUGUUUUCUCAAGCAGGGACUUUCUCAGUGUUGAUGCAGUUGAGAGCAGUGAGGAUAACCAAUCAGUGCCCAAUCUUUGUGAGCCCCAGAUGGAGAGUCACAGUUUCCACUCGCCUGAUGAUGAGAAAAUGGCCUGCUGUAAAGAAGUGUCGGAAAAAAACGUUCAUGGUCCCCCUGAUGUCACUGAUAUGUGGAGCUCUGCAGUGUCACUCAACCAAGAGGACCAAUCAGAUUGCAUCCCGUAUAAAAUUUUCAGUUUUAGUGAGGCACCUAACUAUUUCCUGGAAGAAGAACCUCAUCAGAAAACAACUGAGCAUCAACAGCAAGAGGAAGCAGUGGAACGCUUCAGUCAAAGCUUCUCCUGUGCCAUGUCUGAAACCACUCGGGAACUGCUGACUGACCUUCACAAGAGCUUUCUGUCAGAGGAUCCUGUAGCCAGUGGCUCAAGGGCAUCAGCAGUGAUGGGUCCUCCUGAGAUCUGCCUCCCCUCCCCCGUGUCCAGCUCUACCUACCCCACACAGCUUCAGAUCUCUGGUAGCCCUCUGACUCCCAGCCUAACCUGCAACAUCAAAACCACAUCUGCUCCUUCUGACACCACCAAUGAGAGCUUCCCCAAAGCCCACUUAAAGGUGGAUGAACCCUGUGUCCAGAGCACUUCAGCCUGGCUCGAUCAUAGCAAAAUGGGCAGCUGGUGGAAACAGGACCUGGAAGCCUGUAGAGCUAUCGGCAGCCUUCUACCUGCUACAGAGCCUGGAGCAGCUAUCACAUCAGAUAAUAAGAGGCCUUCUCUUGUACUGAGCCAAACAUAUUCCUACAGUCUGGUCAACUUUAUGGACUUCACUGCAAAACAAAAAGGAGACGACAAACAGGCAGACAGAGAGGAGCCUGCAGGUUGGAGCAGUUUGGGGAAGGUUUUCCGAGGUGCUAUAAGAAGUGGGAGAACGCGAUCAAGGAAAGGAAAAAGAGUGAUGAGAGCAUGAAGAUUUAGUACAUCUUUGACACAUACUACAGUGCAUGGAGAUCUGAACUGAAUGAUAAAUAUAUUAGUCUAUUUAACACAAUGCAUGAGACAUGAAAUUCAUUUUGAUUUCAAAUCUGGAGUGGAUUUAUUAACCUAAAGCAAUACAGUACGGAUUAACACCACAAUGAAUUUACUGAUCAUACUACUGGCUUUAUGAUUAGCACAUACAGUUUUCACCCCAACACGAUCCAUCUCCCCUUCCUCAUCAAUCAGUCGCUCAGAUUGUUCUGACGGCUGCUGCUGCCACCGCUGCCUCUAGCAGCAGCUUUCCACACCCAGUGAUAUUGCCCUGCCACACCCAUUUUCUUCCACUGUAAUACCACAUGUCAUUCACCCAAUGAUGUAUUUCUCAGGAAUUAUUGAUAAACAUAAAUUAUUAAAUAUUUUGCUAA